GAAUACCCCGGGAGAGUCUCAUACAGGUGACGACACACCUGAUGGUAUCGUAUACUUUAACAGUGGUGAUGACACACGGUUUUUAUGAGUUAAUAUCCUCACAAAAAAAAAAUCUUGCAAAGUUUUAAUGGUUAGAAACAGCUGCCAUUUGGGGGAAUACCUCGGGAAAGUCUCAUACAGGUGUCGACACACCUGAUGGUAUCAAAAACGUUUACAGUGGUGCUGACACACGGUUUUUAUGAGUUAAUAUCCACACCAAAAAAAUAAAAAUCUGGUAAAGUUUUAAUGGUUAAAAACAGCUGCCAUUUGGGGGAAUAACUCAUAAAAACCACAGUUUUUAUGAGUUAAAAUCCUUUAAAAAAUGAAAAUCACAUUAAUUGACUUUAGUGUGCGAUACACAAAAAUAAAACACAAAAAAAGAAAACAUUGUGAUCUUAAAGUUUGUUUUGUGUAGUAAGUCAAUUCCUCCACCGGGGGGCACUGUGGGACAAUGUUGACGUUCUUCCACAUGUGGCACUGUUUUUAUUUUUGUAUUAUUAUUUUUUUACGAAAAUGAGUUUGUUUACAUGUGUUAAUCAACAAAAUAAUAUUUUUACUUUCAACCUUGAAAUAUCUUACAAUUUUUCAGUGAGGUAUUUAUGUUUAUAAUCACGUCAUUUGUUGUAUUUUGUUGUUGGAUAUUGACUUUUUACAUGACUUUGGCUGCUGGGCGGAAGUGGACCAAUCGCGUGAAAGUGGGCGUGUCCACGCCGAGGCGCGGGUCGGAGGGGUCGUGAGCGGCAGACGACAAAUCCUCCGACCUUCUUGAACGCAUCGUUUGCAAACAUCGGCUGGAAAUAUUUGAUUAAAAAAUAUAUAUAUUUUCUGCUGCCGGAGCGGAGAAGUCGGCGCCAUGCCGGUGCGGCGCGGCCACGUGGCGACGCAGAACACCUUCCUGGACACCAUCAUCCGCAAGUUCGAGGGCCAGAACCGCAAGUUCAUCAUCGCCAAUGCACAGGUGGAGAACUGCGCCAUCAUCUUCUGCAACGACGCCUUCUGCGGCCUCUGCGGCUACACCCGGGCUGAGGUGAUGCAGAAGCCGUGCACCUGUAGCUUCCUGUACGGGCCCCUCACCAACAGGCCGGCAGUGGCGCAGAUGACCAAAGCUCUCCUGGGUGCCGAGGAGAGGAAGGUGGAGAUUACUCUCUACACCAAGGAAGGUGUGUGUCUGCCCUGCCUGAUAGACGUGGUCCCUGUCAAGAACGAAGACGGCCUGGUCAUCAUGUUCAUCCUCAACUUUGACCUGGCUUCUGACCCUCGAGCCGUGGACUCAUCUCCCACCAGAGAACUGAACAGAGUCCUGAGGAUCCCCCGGCUGACUCUGGCUUGCCGGCAGCGAUUUGGCCUCCUCCUCCAGUCCUUCAGACCAGGACCUGGUGCAACGUCACAGGACACAGAGCUGGGCGGCCCGCAUGACAGUCUUCCUCCCCUGGGACACGAGUCGGUGGCUUUGGAAAAACUGUUGUCUCUCCCCGAGAGACAGCAGCUGGACGGGGAAGGAGGACUACUGCUGUGGGGCAAAGAAGACCUGCAGGUCUCGGUACCUGCUGGACCAAAAACUGAGAGCGACCAAGCGAGAAGAGAGCCAUGCCAAACAGGAACACCUCCACCUGGUCCACGUGAUCCACGUGACCCACGUGAUCCACGUGAACCAGGUGAUCCACGUGACCCAGGUGAUCCACCUGACCCACGUGAUCCACGUGACCCAGGUGGUCUACAUGACCCACGUGAUCCACAUGACCCACGUGACCCACGUGACCCAGGUGAUCCACGUGAUCCAGCCCCAGCACCACCAACUCUGACUGACCUGACCCGGACCUCCUCUCAUCCUAGUACCAGAUGUGUGAAGUUGAAACUUUCCUCCUCGGUGGACGACGUGAAGAGUGGACAUACUUCCUGGGAUAGGAAGCUGCAGAGUCGUCACACCUGCACAGCGGGGUCAGCCACCAGCAGGAAGAGCAGUGCGCCAGCCGGGACUCUGGACUCCUAUGAGGACUCGUGGGGGUACGGCAACCAGCAGGUAAGCCACAGUUUACUGGACGCCAAGACGGCCGCUUUUGUGACGCUUCCUCCGGGGGAAAUCAGACCUCCGGGCAAACUGAUGGGCAGAACCCACCAUGUCACCGAGAAAGUAACCCAAGUCUUAUCACUGGGUGCCGACGUGUUACCGGAGUACAAGUUGCAGACCCCCAGGAUCCAGAAGUGGACCAUCCUACACUACAGUCCCUUCAAAGCCGUGUGGGACUGGGUCAUCCUGCUGCUGGUCAUAUACACCGCCAUCUUCACGCCUUACUCCGCCACCUUCCUCCUCAGCGACCAGGAGGAGGCGGCCAUGCGAGCUUGCGGUUAUUCCUGUUCCCCGCUCAACGUGGUGGAUCUCAUCGUGGACAUCAUGUUCAUCGUGGACAUCGGCAUCAACUUCCGCACCACCUACGUCAACUCCAAUGAGGAGGUGGUCAGCCAGUCCUCGCGUAUCGCAGUGCAUUACUUCAAGGGCUGGUUCCUCAUCGACAUGGUGGCUGCUAUUCCCUUUGACCUCCUCAUCUACCGCACCGGAGAGGAGGUGGCUAGGGGAGGUGGAGAGGGAGAGACAACCACCCUGAUUGGCCUUUUGAAGACAGCUCGGUUACUACGAUUGGUCCGCGUAGCCCGGAAGUUGGAUCGUUACUCAGAGUACGGCGCGGCUGUGCUUUUCCUCCUUAUGUGCACCUUUGCACUCAUCGCCCACUGGCUUGCCUGCAUCUGGUAUGCCAUAGGAAACGUAGAGCGGUUAACCUCUGCUGGGAUCGGUUGGUUGGACACUCUGGCGGACCAGCUGGGAAGGCCUUACAAUAACUCCGUCAUGGGGUCAGGUCCCUCCAUACGAGAUAAAUAUGUCACAGCUCUUUAUUUUACCUUCAGUAGCCUGACCAGCGUGGGCUUUGGGAACGUGUCCCCAAACACCAACUCCGAGAAGAUCUUCUCGAUCUGCGUCAUGCUUAUUGGGGCUCUGAUGUAUGCUAGUAUAUUUGGCAACGUGUCGGCUAUCAUCCAGCGGCUGUACUCGGGUACCGCACGCUACCACACUCAGAUGAUGAGAGUCCGGGAGUUCAUCCGUUUCCAUCAGAUUCCCAACCCUUUGAGACAGCGGCUUGAAGAAUACUUCCAACAUGCUUGGUCCUACACUAACGGCAUCGACAUGAAUGCAGUUCUAAAAGGCUUUCCAGAGUGUCUCCAGGCAGAUAUUUGUCUCCACCUCAACAGAACUCUGUUGCAGAACUGUAAAGCUUUCAAAGGGUCUACGAAGGGCUGCCUGAGGGCCCUUGCCAUGAGGUUCAAGACCACUCACGCGCCACCCGGUGAUACUCUGGUGCACGCCGGGGACCUGAUAUCAGCGUUGUACUUCAUCUCAAGAGGAUCCAUCGAGAUCGUGAGAGGGGACGUGGUGCUCGCUAUUCUCGGAAAGAAUGAUAUCUUUGGGGAGCCAAUCAACCUUUUCGCCCUGCCGGGGAAGUCCAGUGCGGACGUGAGAGCGCUGACCUACUGCGAUCUGCACAAGAUGCACCGGGAUGACAUGCUGGAGGUUUUGGACAUGUAUCCCGAAUUUAGCGAGUAUUUCUGGUCCAACUUGGAGAUCACCUUCAACCUCAGAGACGUGCAUAGUGAACCUGCAGUCCUGCUGAACGGAGAAGAAUCCAACUGGAAGCCCAGACUCUGCUCCACCCGUUCAGGUGAACCGCUCAGAGCUGCGAACAGGUGCAGUCCGAGUCAGUGCCGGUGGGAGAACAGUGACCGACACAAACCCGCAAUAUCGAGUCCCGGGUUCUCCAGCGAGGACGAGGCAGAAGAUUCUGCGCUGACCAGCUCAGUUCAGAAUUCCAUGGUGGACUCCACGACCGCAAGAACCAGGAAAUGUCCUGGGACUGACCGCGGAGACAAAGUCUGUCAUUAUCUGACAGAUGCCCUCUCGGGAGUCGCCAACAUCUUCUCCUUCUGGGGACCGGAAGGUGGAGAAGAGCAACGCUACCAAGAGGUCCCCUGCUCCCACGGGCGAAUCUCACCGCCUCCUCAGCUUCACUUGGAUCUGGCUUCGGAGGAGGAGCCUUCCCACCGCUUCAAAGAUUCCAGCCCUCCUCCUGGUGUUCCUCGGACACAGCAAAAAGUGCUGGAAAACAGAUUGGAGACCAUGCAGAAACAGAUCAGCAGGUUGGAGUUCCGCCUGUCGGCAGACAUCAGGCUCAUCAUGCAGCUGCUUCAGAGGCACAUGUCAACAGCCCCGCCCCCUGACGACACGUCGCCGUCAACAGCCCCGCCCACUGGACCAUCACAGGAUGAUGUCACCACACAGGAUGAUGUCACCACACAGGAUGAUGUCACAACACAGGAUGAUGUCACCACACAGGAUGACGUCACCACACAACAGCAAACAUGACUUCCUUCUUCUCGCCAUCGUCCUCUAAUGCUACACUAUCUUCACCACCACAACAAUAACAAUAACGGCGACAGCAAAAAAAACAACACACACAUAAAAACUCACCUAAACAAACAAACAAACACACAUCUAAACAAACAGACACACAAACAAAUACAACAAACACACACAAAAACACCUAAACUAACACACACACAAAAACACACACCUAAACAAACAAAAACACACAAAAACACAUACCUAACCAAACAAACACACAUCUAAACAAACAAACAAACAAACAAACAAACACACAUCCAAACAAACAAAAAAACACAUUUAAACACAAACAAACACGAACAAACUCAAAUAAACAAACACCUAAACAAACACACACACAUACACACACCUAAACAAACAAACAUACAGAAACACACACCUAAACGAACAAACACCCACACCUAAACAAACAAACAAACAAACAAACAAACAAACACACAUCUAAAUACAAACAAACAAACACCUAAGCAAACAAACACAGACACACACAAACACAAACAAACACACAUCUAAAUACAAACAAACACAAACAGACAAACACCUAAACAAACAAACAAAUACACAUCCAAACAAAUAAACUUACAUCUAAACAAACAAAAAACAUGUCUAAACACAAACAAAUACAAACAAACACAAAUAAACAAACACUUAAACAAAAAAACACACACCUUAAAAAACACACGAAAACACACACACAGAAACAAACACACACACCUAAACAAAAAAGACACAUCUAAAUACAAACAAACACAAACAAACAAACACUUAAACA